AUGGUUCUUGCGGCCUACUUGUUCACACUGUUCAUUGUGAUCUACAUGUGUUGUAUUGAGCUGAUUGCUCCGUACUUCGAGACUGAAGCUGGACAGCAGCUUGUUAGAGAGAUGCGCAAGGUAUUGCUGUUGCUCGGUCUUGGUUACUGCCUUGCUACACUGACCAUUCACACGAUAAGCGUGAGCGGCGGCUACGUGACCUCCGCCCUGGCGUCUCACAUCAUCGAGAAGGAGCUGCAGCAGGGGAGCCCUGUCAUGGUCGCCGUGCUGUGCAGGGGCGACACGACAGGUGGCGACACGGGGUUGCCGCCCGGCCUCGGCAGCAACCUCGUGCCCAUGGCCCCCUGCGCUCCCUGCGGAGCGGAUGGAUCGCGGCGCGCCGGUCCCGUUGGCCACGCGGCAUGCGUCUUCGAAUGUGCGGCGGGCGAGGACCACAUCGAGCAGUACUCGGGGUGUCGCUGGGUCGCGGCCGCCGCCGCGGGGCAGCUCGGGUUGGCUCGCUCCGCCAAGCAUUCCAGGCUCGCGAGGCCAGAGCCGGGGGCGGCCCGUGAGUGGUCGCGCCCCGCCCUGCCCCCGCCGCGACUCGGCACGAUCGAAAUAGGCACGGAAACGCUGGGCAAGUCCGGCAGGUACCUGGACGCGGUGUGCUCGACGAUCCUGCGCAUGCAGCGGAACGCGGGGGACUUCGUGCGCGACAGCUGGCGGCGCCCGGGCGUCCCCGAGGACUGGGCGCCGCUUGGCUGGCGGAUACUCGAUCUCCCCCUGCUGAUCGUCAUGGUGGUCGCGACCCUUCUCAUCAAUCCGCUGUCUUUUCUGGUCCUGAUCGUGGUGCCCGCGACGGUGGCCAUCGAACUCCACUACGGGGCCGCCAUGCGUGCCGCCUUUUGCGCCCCGCUCGGCUCCGACUGGAUAGAACUCUUCUGGCUGUACUCCGACUUCGCGCGCGUCGUCGGUGCGCUGCCCGUGUCCGUGGCCGUCACCUUCGUGGCCUUCGUGCUCCACAAGACGUGCUUCAGCAGGAGGCAGUACAAGCGCGGCGCCGUGUCGCCUUUUGGGUACCUGCUGGCCAAGAACUCGGUGGCUGCGCUGUCGCGCCUCACGGUGCUCGUGCUGCUGCUCAUCAUGAUCCUGUUCCUCGUCCCCUGCCUUCAGAUCAUGUCAAACGGGGUGGACGGCUGCGAGAGCCGCAAGCGCCAGUGCCUAAGGUACAUAAACGCGGAGAUGUCGAAGACGGCCGCGUACAGGUCGUCGCAUCCGCCCAAGAACUUGGAGCAGAAGGAGAUGUUCGGGACGAUCAACGUCACAGCGCAGCAGUCGCUGUCCCGCCGCCCCGCAGCAUGA